UGUUCCAUUAACACAAAAUAGUAACAACUAUUUCGUCAUCUGUGUUCCCGGGGGUGCCAGUAAUGCGGAUAUCAUAAAAAAACACGUUUCUUCUCUCUAAUGACUUAAUUGAAUAAUAUUCCUCAUCCAAAUUCCUAUAUGACUUUGUAAAACUAUUCAGAGAUAGAGUACAUGGGAGCAACAAAGCAGAGAUCCACUAUCGAUUUUACUGUAAACACGAAACAUUUUAAAACCCAUGCAAGAAUAUUACACUUUACUGCGGCAAUAAGAAAGAAGACCGUGUAGUUCUACUAUUCCGAAUCUGUACUCAGAAAAAUUUUAUGAUGUUUACUCUCAUUCACUUCCUUUGCAUUGAAAACUGUCAAUGCAGUAAAAGUUAUUUUAAUUAUUCUAGUAUGCAGAAGGCGUAAAUAAUUCUGUUUACCCAUGUCAAAGACACCGCCUUACACAUGUUAUUCGGACAAUUCACGCCGAUGAAUCAGCAAAACAUUGUAUCUUAUCAUACUUCCAAAUAAACAGUAAUUAAUUCAGCAAUCUAUACAAUCAGACUCGGCGAGAACUUUGCCCAGGUUUAUUGCACAUCACAUUUGUACCGACGUACGCCAACGCUACGUUCCGAGUCACAGACCACACUGUGGCCAGAAAACCUUGUCACUCCUAGAAAAAUAGAAAUCAGUAUAUAACACCCAAAAAGAUAACACUAGCUAUAAAAUGAGUAGUCAGUGGAAAUUUGAGAAUUUGGAUGUAACUCAGAGGAAGGGCCUCUUAAUCAUAACAAUAAAUAGACCCAACAAGAAGAACGCGUUUUCACGAAAGAUGUAUGAAGGUGUAACACAGAUUCUGAAUGAUGCAGCACUUAAUGAUGAAGUUUCAAUAGUAGCUUUUACAGGUGCAGGAGAUUACUAUAGCAGUGGAAAUGAUCUGUCAGGAUAUUCAGAUUACGAAGGUGCCGGUACUGGAUUUAAUGCAAAGACAACAGACACUGUGAAGAAUAUGGUUACAGCAUUCAUUGAUUUCCCAAAAAUAUUGGUAGCUGUAGUGAAUGGUCCUGCCAUUGGUAUUGCAGUAACUAAGUUGGGCCUGUGUGAUGUUGUAUUUGCGUCUGAAAAGGCAACAUUUCGUACUCCAUUUACUAUCUUAGGGCUGUGUGCAGAAGGCUGCUCAACAUACACAUUUCCUCGAAUUAUGGGCACAUCGAAGGCUGGGAGUAUGCUUUAUUUCAAUUACCAGAUGGACGCGAAGGAAGCAUACACUUGUGGCUUAGUCAGCCAUUUAUUCAAAACAAAUGAUCUGCCAAAUGUACUACAGAAACUGGAAGAAGCCUCCACUUUGCCUGUCAAGUCACUAAUGGCAAAUAAGAAACUCAUGCGGAAAUGGGAUCAAGAUGCUUUGCACAGAGCAAAUGAACUUGAAAGUCAGCAGCUAGAGGAGCGAAUAGCAUCUGAAGAUUGUGUUAAUGCGAUAAUCAAAUUUAUGCAAUCUCGAAAUAAGCUCUAAAUAGUAUUUUCUGUUGAUCACAUGGCUAGAGCUGUCUUGGUACUCAAUUCUGUUACAUCACUCUGACAAUGCAUCACAUAUAAAUAUUAUCCUCCAGCUAUAACAAUGAUCAUGCUGUUAACAUAAAAAUAGGACUAAAUAAGUGCCUUGUUGCAGUCUUGCCUUACAUCACUCUGAUAAUGUAUCGUGUCGUGGCUAGGGUAUUCAUUAAAUGAGCAGCUUGUGACCUCUUUUUUUAAAAUAAGAGCUAUGCACACUUACAUCACUCUGAUAUUACAUAACACAACACGGGUCACUGUGAAAGGGUCCGCUUGUUAUAACCAUUUCAAAUGUGGUGUGUGUAGAAAGUUCAAUUAAUGUGCAAUGUAACAUCAUUUAAGUCUGUUGUCUCCCUACCUUUCAUUUUAUUAUUAAUACUAUUUUUAUUUUGAUGAAUUAGUAUCUCAUCAUCUUAUGAUCAAAUCACUUCCUUUCAUAGCAUGCUGUUUACAGAAUAUAUUCAUUAAUUUGUCUUGCAUUAGCAACAGGACUACCUGAUCAUUGCAAACAAAACAACACAAUUACCAUGAUGCAAACAAAACACAUGCCUGUACAAAAAUAACACCUUUCUAAUGCAAAUUAGUUAUCAUGCUGAAAAAAACUUUGAAUAUUGUUGUAAAAAUGGAAAAAUUGUGCUGCAGCCUACAUAGUAUUCUCAUUAAUGAUACAAAUGUAAUGGGUAGUCUUAUAAUCACACAGUAUAUAACAUGCUCCAAGUCAAAAAAAUUGUGUCAAAACAUUAGCAGACACAAAAUUUUAUCAAGCUGCAUAACAGAACAGUAAAAACAGACUAUAAAUUUAGUUUACAUUUACAGCUAUUAUAGUGGGAUAACAUUUAGUUGAUUCUAUGUAUAAUUAUUUGUAUACAAAAAGAUUAUAACAGACCAUCACAUUUUGUUUUAUAUGUCGCAAUAUUUACAUGUACAUGAUAUAUCUAUGCAGUUGUUUGAUUCUCACCUAAUACUGUAAGAUGAUUUCCAUAUGAUUUGUAUUUUACACUAUGUAAAUAAAUAUAUAAUAUUAUGCAA